AUGUUCGAGUCGUCAGCUUUUACAAGCUGGGUGUCUGAAUUGGGGUGUGAUGCCCACUACGUAACUAAAUCAUUCCAAUGGGCAUGUAAGGAGCGUUAUGUAAGGACUGUCCUUAAUUUGAUUCAUGUCGAGAGUAAUAACAAAAAAUCAAUUUGGUCUGAUACUUUGUGUAAAAUUCAAUUAGUUUUAAACAUAACAAAACAAAAAACCACACAGUAUUCGGCUUUGUACCUAUUGAACGGUACUAAUGCGACCACUCCUGUCAUUCGUGCGCUGGUCCGUGACAUUGCCAUCGAGAACUCCAGCUCUAAUCGUGAAGCUGCAAGGGAACUCAGCAGGACCUCCGCUAAGGCGUCACUCGACAGGAAUAGAGACGCUCAAGAUACACGAGUGAAUCGUCAAAGACAUCCGCCAAGGAAGUACCCGGUGAACUAUCAAGUAUUUGUAAUAAAGUACUAUCAGUCCAUUGGGAAACUUGAUUCUGGAAUGAGGGGUCCAUACUGA